UUUCGUGCAACUAGCCCUAGCACAAUGGAAGACAGAUAUCAACUGUAAACUGCAGUCUGUUCUACACCUUUUAUAUCCACCUGCGCGAAGCAGGGCAGAUUGCAGCGAAUAUAGAUAGCCUACAGCUCGUAAAGUGUAUAGCUACUUGUUUACUCCAAAACGGUGCAGUAUGUUCACUAUUGCCCGACUAGUAUUGGCUGCUCAGUUAGCUAGCUACAGAACAGCUCACUAGAAUAUGCUAGCUAACAUGGAAGGUGGUGCAAGCUGACCUGUCAACAUUAAACCACCACUGGCUGUGCUGAAUUGAAGGCCGUAAGAAGAAAGUCACCAUGGACUCCUACUCCAACGUCUCCCUCCCAUCUAAUGAUAAUAGCAGCAGCACCAGCAUUACCGAAUUGCUGGGUGCAUUGUGUGACAGCAGUCUUUCGGGGGUGUCAUGGAAACGGCGCGCCCUGGGGGGCAUCUCCCGAGAUGCAGUCCGACGUUCCCUCAGAAAGCAAGCCUACGGGACACUACUCUCCAAACUCUUCCUGGAAGGACCCCUGAAAAGGCCCUCCUCGUCAGCAUCCAAUGUAACCUCCACCACGCCGCCCAGAAAUAAAGUUCUGAUGAUCUCCUUCGAUUUGCGGGUGGCUGGCUGCCAGGACGAAGCAGAGAGGCUGGAGGAUCAGCUUGACACGCUGGCAGAGGGACCCGCGUCAGGACUCGGGGAACUCAACUCGGUGUUGGAACUCCUGGUGCAGCUAGCUGGCUCGGCCCCCCCACCUCCCACCUCCUUCAGCAGAGACUACAUGCGUAGGGAAAGGCCCGUGCUCCGUAGGCCUCCCCUGGGGGGCUACCAGAGUGAGGAGCUCCAGAGGCUGGAGGCUCGGGCCUGGGCUCUGGUGUGCGGGGAGGAGUGGGGCUCCUUGGGAGGGAUGUGUGGGACUCUGGGGCUGAUGGAGGCUCUUCCGGGAACAGGCCUGCUGGCUCUUGGGAGGAGGGCCGAGUUGGAAGAGAAGUUUGAGAGAGAGACCAGGAUGUCGCUGUUUGGGGCGCUCCUGCACACCCGAACCUCCGAUCUGGACAUCAGACUGGACCUGCCGCCUGUGCCCAGCAAUGCUGAUGUCACUGGGCUGGCCAUACGGGUGCCACCUUAUUUGGACCAGUCUGAGGACGAGGGUUUCCAGUCGGCCUCAAACCUGACCCCUGACUCCCAGUCGGAACCGAGCCCCAGCCCCGAGCUCGACGUCUGGGAGGCCAUAAGGACCUUUGAGCCUGGAAGACGUCGCUGCUGGGAACGCAUCGGCUGCCCCCCAGGUAAGAGGGAGGCCCCCUACCUCUCCGAGGGGGGUCGUGAGGCCUUUGACCAGCUCUACAGACUGUGGGAGGGGGAGAUGAGGGUGGUCGGUUGUGCCACCCCCUCUCCACUCCUACCCCCACCCUUGGACUCUCAGACCCAGCUGGUCGGUGACCUCCUGAACGUUCUGAUCGGCGUGGCGUCCACGACCUUCCCCCUCAACCAGGUGUGUGUGCAGUUUGACGUGCGUCCGGGAGUGUGUGUGUCGGGUGCGUCUCCGGAGAGCGUGUCCCGUCUCCUGGCAGAUCUGGCGCAGUACGGCACCUACUACCUGAGGCUGAGUCGCUUCUCCCUGCAGAGCGCCCACAAGAAAGGCCUGGUCUUCCAGGCCUUCACAGGCGGACUGAGGAAGUACCUGCAUUACUACCGGGCCUGUGUGCUCAGCACACCGUCCACGCUCAGCCUGCUCACCUUUGGGUUCCUGUUCCGCAAAGUGGGCAGGCAACUCAGGUACCUCUCAGAGCUGUGUUGUGUGGAUGGAGCUUGUGGAGUUGGCCAGGCUACGUUCCCUGUGGGAGUGAAGCUGCUGUCCUGCCUGUACAACGAGGCCCAGAGCAACUGCAGUAACGAGAACUACCUGGUCCUGCUGUCCCUGCUGAAGAGCAGCUGUGAGCCCUACACACGGUUUGUGUCUGACUGGGUAUACAGCGGUGUGUUCAGAGAUGUCUAUGGGGAGUUUAUGAUUCAGGUCAACGAGGACUACCUGGGCUGCAGAGACAAGCACUUCUGGGUGCAGGGCUACACCCUCAUCUCCAGGGAGGCCGAGGCCUGCGUCCCCGUCUUCCUCCGACACAUCGCUAACGACGUCUACGUCUGCGGCAAGACCAUCAACCUGCUCAAGAUCUGCUGUCCCCAGCACUACAUCUGCGGGUCGGAGCUGCCCGUGCCUCGUAUCUCCGUCACCUUCUCCCUGCAGGAAGUGGAGGAGAUCGAGAGGGACUGUGCCGUGUACCGUGGACGCGUGGAGAGGAUCGCCCAGCAUAGUGCCAUCAGCAGGGAGGAGCAGGCCCUACGCACAGAGCGGGCACGCCAGGAGCUGAUCAAUCAAGUCAGAGAUUCAGCAGCCAAGACCCUGGAGAGCAUCCGUGGGCGACAGGUGUCCCAGCGUCUGGUGGAGGAGGCGAAGAAAAGGGAGCGCUUCGAGGAACUGAGACAGCACCUGGAGCAGGAACUAGAGUGGCACAGCGCAGCCAAGAAGAAGGAACAGGAGGACGACUACAGCUUUGCCCGGGAGCUGAGAGACCGAGAGAGGAGGCUGCAGGCUCUGGAGGAACAGCUGGAGAUACGAGCCAGGAAAGAGCUGAUUGCUCAGUACAGCCACCUAUCGGAGGAGGCUACCAGGAGGGAGAGGCGGGCCUUAUGGAGGGUGCAGCGAAUGAGACUGGACGAGAACCGGGCCCAGUUCCUUCUGCAGGACCAGCUGCACACUGAGGCCCUGCUCAAGAGAUAUCCUCUGGGACAGACGAGACCUCCUCCUGAAUCUCUAAUGCCCGCUUCCACCGCUCAGCAGGAGCCCAAGCCUGAACCAGCACUGGGGUCAGUGGAUCCGGAGGGGUCUGGGUUCCCCCUGGGGGCACCAACGCCUCCCCACAAGCCCCCCCCUGCCACUGAAGACCCUGCCCUCAUCUCCCAGGACACCAAGCCCUCCCAGCUCCUGCCCUGUCCCCGGGACAGCCAGCAGGUGGAGCAGGCACUGCAGGAGAUUGGAUCUGACCUUCCCGAAGGCCCAACCCAACCCCAACCUCAAUCCCAACCACAGUCAGAUGUAGACUAUGACUUCAGCGCCCCCUUCAGUCCUCUGGGGGGAAUGUUGGAGCCAGACCAGCCCCCAGCCGUGGCUCCUGACCAGCCCCAGAACAGGGCUCUCUGGGGCCCCAUGAUUCAGCCAGACAUCCCCCUCUCCCACCCCUCAGACUCCCACAUCCCCAUAGGGGAAAACGUGUCCGACGUCCUGGAGCAUCUCCCCAGGCCCAGUCCCCACGGCCAGGCCUCCCAGUCCAGUUUCCCUCUGGGCCAGUACGCCCCCGACGUCCCCAUCGCCGCCCCCCACAAGCCCGGCCUUCAUGGACACCCCUCCCAGGCCUCUGUCCAGCUAGCAGACGGUACUGAGACCAAGAUGAUAGAGAGCUGCGUCUCCUGUUUUCUACCAGCAGCAGAACAGGAAUUGGCAGCAGUGACGGGGGCCGCGGGGAGCGUGGAGAAGGCUGGCCAGGGCCCAGGGAACAAGGCUGGGGAAGAGAGAGAACAGGGUCAGCUGGAGAGCCAGACAGCCGGUGCUCCGAUCUCCCCAGAAAAGAGGCUCGGAAGUGGGGAUCUCCGACGCCGGUCCCCCCCUUCUCUGGCGAUCCCCGUCACAACCGUCCCAGCUCACGCGUCCGACACUGCUCCGGUCAGGGAGAACGCAUCAGUGGCAGACUACCUUUACACGCGGUCCGUCCACGCGUCACGUGGCCACGCCGAGGAGGGCGAAGGCGUUCCCGAGGUGAUCAACUCUCAGCCGUCGCUGAACACGCGCGGCCACCCGUCUGACGCUCACCUGAAGGCGGGGGAGUUUGCGGAGGCGGCCUCCGCCCCUCGACCGCCCCCGAGCGCUCACGGUCAUGUCUCGGACGCGCACGUCGAGAUCGGAGGGUACGUCUCCGACGCGGCGGCGCCUCGACCGUCCGCCAACGUCCACGGUCACGCGUCCGACGGCCACAUCGCGGUAGGGGAGAACGUUUCGGACGCGGCGGUCGCUCUCCCCGCCCCCAACGUCCACGGCCACGCCUCGGACUCUCACUUCCGGGCCGGGGAGCACGUCUCUGACGUGAGCCUUCCGCUGCCCUCCCCCGGCGCCCACGGCCACGCGUCCGACGCUCACGUCAAGGUCGGGGGGUUCGUGUUUGACGUGGAGACCCAGAGGCCGCGCUGGAGCGAGCACGGUCACGCCUCCGACAGCACCCUCCAAGCGGGCUGUGUGAUGGCGGGUUCGGAAGUAGCCGCGUCAUCUCUACCCGGCAGAACGUUCGGACACUCCUCCGACUCCGCUCUGGGUGCAGGGUGUGUGAUGUCAGGAAACGUACCCCUUCCCUCACCACUACCAGGAAGUCAAUAUGGACACUCCUCCGACUCCGCUCUGGGUGCAGGGUGUGUGAUGUCAGGAAGCGUACCCCUUCCCUCAACCCUACCAGGGAGUCAAUAUGGCCACUCCUCAGACUCAACAUUAGGUGCGGGGUGUGUGAUGUCAGGAAGCGUACCCCUUCCCUCAGCCCUACCAGGGAGUCAAUAUGGCCACUCCUCAGACUCAACAUUAGGUGCAGGGUGUGUGAUGUCAGGAAGCGUACCCCUUCCCUCAGCCCUACCAGGGAGUCAAUAUGGACACUCCUCAGACUCAACAUUAGGUGCAGGGUGUGUGAUGUCAGGAAACGUACCCCUUCCCUCACCACUACCAGGAAGUCAAUAUGGCCACUCCUCAGACUCAACAUUAGGUACAGGGUGUGUGGUGUCAGGAAGCGUACCCCUUCUCUUACCACUACCAGGAAGUCAAUAUGGCCACUCCUCAGACUCCGCUCUUGGUUCAGGCUGUGUGGUGAAGGACCCUGGCAGACAGGACACCCAAGGGCCUAAAGCCUGGGCCUCGAGUGAGCAGCAGCUGCUGGACGAGGGCAUCUCCUCCUGGGCAGCGAGCUUCGGCCGGCCCCAUGGAGCGGGUGCUGAGCAGGACUACCUGCUGUCCCUGGCGUCCCAGUACGAGGUAGAGCCAUACGAGGACUGCUCUAACCUCAUGAUGUUGUCCCCAGAGUGCCAGCUGCUGCAGCAGGUGACGCGGGGCCCCUGGGGGCUCCCCAUGGACCCCUCCCUCCGCAGGGCCACCGACACCACGCCCGUGCAGCUCAGUGAGAUGGUGUCCCUGCCCGUCCUCAUGAAGCACUCCGUCACCACCCCACUCAUCACACAUGUGUCCCUGGUAAACAAGGCCGUGGUGGACUACUUCUUCGUGGAGCUGGGGGUGGAGCGCCACUUUGAGGCCCUGCGGCACUUCCUGCUGAUGGAGGACGGCGAGUUCGCCCAGUCUCUCAGUGACCUACUGUUUGAGAAGCUGGCCAGUGGUCAGACUCCAGGAGAGCUGCUGACCCCUCUGGUCCUAAACUCCAUCCUAAGCAAGGCCCUCCAGUACAGUCUCCAUGGCGACAACGCCCUGGCUCCCAACUUCACCUUCGCCCUGCGCUUCCUGCCCGAGACCUUCCACCCGCACGCCCCCGAUUCACUCAACUGUCUGGAGCUGCGCUACAAGGUGGACUGGCCGCUGAACAUCAUCGUCACCGACAGCUGUAUGAACAAGUACAACCGCCUGUUCUCCUUCCUGCUGCAGCUGAAGCACAUGGUGUGGAGCCUGCGCGACGUGUGGUUCCACCUCAAGAGAACCGCUCUAGUGAAGGGUGCGGGCCGCUCGGUGCAGUUCCGCCAGCUGCAGCUGUACAGACACGAGAUGCAGCACUUUGUGAAGGUGAUCCAGGGCUACAUCGCGAACCAGAUCCUGCAGGUCUCCUGGAGCGAAUUCAAGACCAAGAUGGCCACCGUCAACGACCUGGAUGCCAUCCACCGCACGCACGCAGACUACCUCAACAGAGCCAUCUUCAGGGGUUUGCUGACGGAGAAGGCGGCUCCGGUCAUGAACAUCAUCCACAGCAUUUUCAGCCUCAUCCUCAAGUUCCGGGCCCAGCUCAUCGCACAGCCCUGGGCCAGCCAGCAGGGGGAGGCAGAGCACCCCAGCUUCAUAGCCAUGCAGCAGUCCUACAACACCUUCAAAUACUACUCCCACUUCCUGUUCAAAGUGGUGACUAAACUGGUUAACAGGGGCUACCAGCCUCACCUAGAGGACUUCCUGCUCCGCAUCAACUUCAACAACUACUACAAAGACUCCUGAGUGUGUUUGUGUGUGUGUGUGUGUGUGUUCUACAACAUCUGUCUUGAUGCCAUAGCGAGUCCAAACUUGACUCUAUACCCAUUCUGAUGUAAAUAGUGUUUAGUCGAACGACUGCAUAUUUAAGGCAUGGUUUUUGCCACGCAGAAAAUAUACGACCACGUUUGCGAUAGUGUUGUUCAAACAUGCAUUGAUAGCUGCUGCAGGGCUGUAACCUGUAAAAGGGUACUUGAAACAUCCUGUUUUACAAAUGAUGUCGCCAAAUGUAACGUUAUUCCAAAUCUGAAGCGUGCCUGCCUGCGCAUCUUCAUAAAGUAUGCCCAUUUAUUAAAUAAAACAUGUAACUUUGUGUAAAUAAAAAUCUGAAAAGAAAAUUAAGGACAAAGUCUCAUUAUUAUUAAAUAAUGCAUGUUAAUGUUUUAUUUAGAAAAACUAUAUAGGUCAAACAAUGGGUGCAAAGCCUUAUAGUAGCUGGACACUGUCAAAUACAACCAAGGUGAUUUCCAAACGGACGUUCUAAAAUGAGGAGCGAUACUUGCCAUGCACCCGUCUGAUAACAGAUUACUCCUGAGAGUGCAUUGUACUGACAAACUGAAUACGAAAGUAGAAUAUGAAUCUGUUAUUAUGAGAAUGUCUGUACCUUCAUCUUCUUUAAGACAUCAUAGUAAACUAUAUAAGGAAUGUGUCUUUGCUAAACUGCAAAGAGGGAGCCCUUGAGGAGGGGAUGGGGGGGGG